GCAUUCUAAGAUGGCGGACCGGCGGCGAAGGAGGAGGCGCGCGUCCCAGGACAGCGAGGACGACGACGAGUCCGGCUCGGGUUCGGACAGCGGGCGGUCCGGCUCUCCCUCUACCAAGGCCCGGGGCCGAGAGCCGGACCCGGUGGAGCCCGUGGAUCGGGCCCGGACCGAAGCCAAGAGCGACGUGGAGUCCGAGUGUGAGAGUGAAGACGGCGUAGGAGAAGCUGUGCUCUCGGACUACGACAGUGCCGAUCCCGAGGAAAAUGCUUCUCACUCAGAGGGAGGAGAGGAAGAGGAGGAGGAGGAAGAGGCCGAGCGGUACGCCGAUGAAGAAGUUCCAGCUGCAGCCGACCAGCCGGCACAGCCUGCCGCUGAUGAACUGACGGAGCAACCGGAGGAGCAGCAGGAUGGAGGAGGAGAGGAAGAAGAAGAAGAAGAAGAAGAAGGAGGAGGAGGAGGGGAAGAAGAAGAAGGAGGGCACAAAGAGGAGGGCAAAGCAGAGGAGAAAGGAAACCUGGCCGGUGAGCGGCAGAGUGGAGACGGACAGGAGUCCACCGACGACCCAGAGACCAAAGCAGGAGGGAGACAGCAGCUGGACGACGACGAGGACCGCAAGAACCCGGCCUACAUCCCCAGGAAGGGUCUGUUCUUUGAGCACGACGUGAGGGGCCACCCGCAGGAGGAGGAGAGGCCCAAAGGCAGGAACAGGAAGUUGUGGAAGGACGAAGGUCGCUGGGAGCAUGACAAGUUCAGGGAGGAGGAGCAGGCGCCGAAAAGCCGCGAGGAGCUCAUCGCCAUCUAUGGCUAUGACAUCCGGAACGGCGGCGGCCCGGGCGAGCGGACUUACCGGCAGCGCAGGCCCAGGCAGAGCUCAUCUCCCGGGAGAGACAAGCGAUGGAGGGAUGGAGGAGGGGGAGGAGGGGAGCGGCCUGUCCGGUCCUGGCACAGCUCCGGAGGGGGCGGUUUCAACCGAGGAGGAGCUCCGCCUCCUUCCUCCAUCCCCCCCUCGUCCUCCCUCCCUCCUGCAGCCCCCCAGCGCAGCGGUAACCCCUCCAGACCUCCUCCGACCCGCAGCAGACCCCCCCACCAGGGCCAGGUGCACCUCCCGCCCGCCUCUCAGUACAGGAACGUCGAAACAAACGCACCUCACAUGCAUUCCCGAGAGCGCCCCGGCCCCAAAGGUCCGCCGGAGCCCGACAGGGGCGUGUCGGGCAGAGGAGGGCGCGGCGGUGCGGCCGGCAGAGGGGGCCCCCCGGUGGUCAUUGAGGACAUUUCGGUGAGUCCGGGAGGAGCCGUCGAACCGGAGCAGACGGCGGCUCCCCAGCCGGGCGGGUACUCGUCGGCCUCGCCGAGGCGGCAGCAGGAUCAGCGAGGAGAGCGUCCCGCCUCCUCUGACUCCGCCCCACAGCCUUCUGCAACCAACCGCGAGGCGUCUCCUCCCACUGAACGCCCCGUGGAGAGGAAGUCGUACUCACUCGCUCGCAGGACUCGAUCCCGACCUGCAGACCUGGGCAGCAAACAGGCGUCCGUGGAGGAGUCUGCAGCCCCCAGCAGCUCGGGAGGCAAGAACUGGCCAGCAGGAGACGGGGGGAGUCAGCCAGGAGGAGGAGGAGGAGGGGGGGGAGGGAGCAACGGCAGUGGCAGUGGCGGCGCCCUCACGGAUCUGGACCAGGACGUGGCUCGGCUCAGUCUGAGCGGGGGACAGAACUGGAGUCCAAAUCCGACAAACUUCAUGCGGUCUGAGCUCAGAGGCCUGCCCAACCCGCUGCACCUCCCCGGGGCCCCGCCGCAGUUCUCCAGCAUGGAGGAGAUGAAUGUGGCGUCCGGUCGGGCCAAGAGGUACUCCUCCCAGCGGCAGCGCACGGUUCCGGAGCCUGCUCCGCCCCUCCACCUGGGAGUGAUGGAGGGGCACUACUACGAACCCAUGUCAUAUCAGGGACCAAUCUACACUCACGGCGAAGGCCCCGCCCCCCUCCCGCCGCAGGGCAUGCUGGUCCAGCCUGAGAUGCACCUGCCCCACCCAGGUCUGCAUCCCCACCAAUCACCGGCCGGCCCCAUCGCUAACCCCGCCCUCUACGGAGGCCCUCCGGUGUCCCUGUCGCCGGGGCAACCACAGCAGCUGCUACCGCCGCCGUUCUACCCUCCGCCAGGGGUCAUGACCUUCCCGUACCCCACGAUGUACCCCAACCCCCAGGGUCAGUCCGGCCAGGUGACGUACGGUGGCGUGACGUACUACGACACGGUGCAGCAGCAGGCCCAGCCCAAACCGUCGCCCCCCCGACGCACCUCCCAGCCCGUCACUGUAAAACCCCCCCCUCCAGAGGUGCCCUAUGCCUCCGAGUGACCCCACCCCCUCGGCCCCCCCACCACCAACACCCAGUACCAGCCCCUUUGCGACCCCAGCAGCACAGUAGCAGGUGGGGGGGCGGUGAGGUGCUGCAGUCCCCAACAACAGCCACAGAGGAUGGAGUCAGACGGUGGAGCUUCCCUGCUGAAAGACUUUUUUUUUUUUUCCUUGUUUAACUUUCUUUGUUUGGACUUUGCACAUCGAUUUCUGUCAACGGUUCGAUUCCCUCACCGCAUCUCGGCGUGUGCUGCAGUUCAGAGCUUCUGGAUCGAAUUCCGUGACUGAACUGUCGACGUCACUUCCUGUUCGUCUGUGAAGCUCCGCCUCCGUGAGCGGCGGCAGCCCGAGAGCGGCUGAGAGCGGCGAGCCGGUCGGAAAUCGGCCGCAGAUGCAAAGUGUUUGUCAUUGAGACGUUUCACGAAAGUUAGGAAACACAAACUCUCCUAUUAUGAGAAGAAAGUGCUGAAAGCUGUUUAUAUAUACAGUCAUAUAUAACUGUUACUGAGAGCAGAGUUUUAGGAACAUGAGUAUACGAAGCAGGAGUUUGACUGUAACAGAGAUUAAAUGGUUUAUUUUGACCUGUUUUUUUCUUUCUUAACUCGUUUCCUUUGUUGUCCUGAACUAAAGCCGUUUCUGUUGUGCAUAAACAUUUAAACAGGAAGCUGUUUGGACCUUUCUGGGUUUUUCUUUUUCACUUCGUUUCGUUUAAAGUUUCUAAUGAGAAAUUGGAGUCAAAUUAAAGUUGAGUUGUUUUUUCUUUUCUGUUGAA